CCGGAAGAGGCGGGGCCGCCACGCAUCACGCGGGGGGCGGGAGUUGACAGACUGUCUCUGGCUGGAUUUCGGCGGCCCCGGAACCGUGGAAGAGGUUCCCGAGGGCCGCUACGAUGCCCUCCCCGGAGCGGGUCAGUCAGCUCCUGGACCUGUGAGUUGGCCCCGGCCCGCCUCCCUUCGCCCCGCCGCGGCACCACCCGCCGCCCCGCGCGGCUCUCCUUCCCCGCCCCCUUCCCGCCUCUGACCGCUGAGAAGGCCCCGCAGGUGUUUCCACUCCUGGAUCCCAGACUUGUGCUCUCCUCACUGAGGAAGAUGCCUUUGGUGCUUCAUGAAGAAUAUUUCCAGAUUUAUCACAGACAUUAAGCCUUUGCCACCCAACAUAAAAGAUAGACUGAUUAAAAUAAUGAGCGUGCAAGGGCAGAUAACAGAUUCAAAUAUAAGUGAGAUUUUACAUCCUGAAGUCCAAACUCUAGAUCUACGAAGCUGUGAUAUUUCAGAUACUGCUCUCCUGCACCUAUGUAACUGCAGAAAACUGAAGAAGUUAAAUUUAAAUUCCUCAAAAGAAAACAGAAUUUCCAUCACUUCAAAAGGAAUAAAAGCUGUGGCUUCAUCUUGUUCAUAUCUGCAUGAAGCUUCUUUGAAAAGAUGCUGCAAUCUCACUGACGAAGGAGUUCUUGCUCUUGCUCUCAAUUGCCGGCUGCUAAAGAUCAUUGAUUUAGGAGGCUGCUUAGGGAUUACUGAUGUGUCCUUGCAGGCAUUAGGAGAAAACUGCCCACUUUUGCAGUGUGUUGAUUUUUCAGCCACUCAGGUAUCUGACAGCGGCGUGGUUGCACUUGUUAGGGGACCUUGUGCCAAGAAAUUAGAGGAGAUUCAUAUGGGACACUGUGUGAAUCUGACCGAUGAGGCUGUAGAAGCUGUCCUUACUUGCUGUCCUCAGAUAUGUAUAUUACUCUUCCAUGGAUGCCCCCUGAUAACAGAUCAUUCACGAGUAGUCUUGGAGCAAUUAGUUGGACCAAACAAACUAAAGCAAGUAACAUGGACUGUGUAUUGAAGCUUAUCAGAACUAUGAUCUUCACACUACUUUUCCGGGAAACAAUGGUCUUAGACAUUGGCUUUCCAAUAAUAUGAUUUAUGCUUCGAAGUUAUGCAAGCUCUUAAACGUGUUAAUAGUGCUGUUAUUUCUAUGUUUGUUGCAUCGGCAAUUGUUCCUGAAGUGGUAAUCCUAGCAUGCCCUCAGAUAUAUUUGGGGAGGAUACUGUGUUUGUUUGUUAAAUAACGAAGUUGUAAAUUACUUGUUUUCCCUGGAGAUUGCCUUCUCCUACCUAGAUAUCUGAGCUGCUACAAGAGAAAUUUACCAGUAGGGUAAACAUUAGGAGAAAUCGAAGUAAAGUUAUUUCUAAAAGCAUAAUUACCUUCCUAGCUAUGUUCUGACUGCUACCUUCCCAAGUAUUUAAAUACUCACUGGCCAAAAGCAAAGCUGAACGUCAGGCCUGUAAAUUCUUCACAGAAUUUACUAUUUCAGUGAAACAAAAAAAUAAUAAGUUUAAUGUCAUAAUCCAGGACAUCAUAUAUCUUAGCCAUUCAGCAUAUGAUUGUUAUUGGGGCCCUUAGCUGGCCACUUUUUGCACUGAUUUUUACGGCUACUUGUCCCAGGUAUGUGCUAUUCAUCUACAAACAUUCUUCCUUAAAAACUGCAUUCAAGAAUAUAUAAGAAUGGGGAAUUCCCUGGUAACUCAGCAGGUUAAGGAUCCAGCAUUGUCACUGCUGUGGCACUAGUUUGCUCCCUGGCCUCGGAACUUAUGCAUGCCAGGGCCAAAAAUUAAAAAAAAAAAUCUUUGGGAGUUCCCAUUGUAGCGCAUCAGAAACAAAUCUGACUAAUAUCCAUGAGGAUGCGGGUUCCAUCCCUGGCCUCGCUCAGUGGGUUGCCGUGAGCUGUGAUGUAGGUUGUAGACAUGGUUCAGAUCUGGCGUUGCUACGGCUGUGGCAUAGGCUGGCAGCUGUAGCUCCGAUUCCACCCCAAGCCUGGGAAUGUCCAUAUGCCACAAAUGCAGCCCUAAAAAGCAAAAAAAAUUAAAAAAUAAAAAUAAUAAUAAAAUAUAUCAAAAUGAGUAAACAUGAAAUGUCAUCACAGAGGUUGUAUCCUAAAGCUCUUUUUGUUUCACAAAGUGAAAUAAACAGCACAGGACUUAGUUUUCAAAUGAAAUGUAUUAUUCUAUCACAAAAUUUUCUGAAGUACGUUUUGCUUAAACUACACUCAAAUUCAUUAUAGUCCCUGUGCCAUAAGCUUCUCAGUGGGACUUUCUUAAAGAUUUCCUGAUUAACUUAUAUAGUAACAGGGAAAGUACAGUACGGUAGAUUUCUUAUACAUGUUUAGAGGGAAGGGUUUACACAUUCAACUCUACUUCUUGCCCUUACUAUUAACUGCUUUAUAAAUGUGAUAUAUUUAUAGCCAUAUAAACAUAUAUUGCCACUGUAUGUGUAUGUGAAAUGGUAAGGCUAUAAAAAUUUUUUAAAGACAAAUUCAAUAAGAUUUAAUCUUGAACACCUAACCAAAUCAAUACUUUUUUCCUUUUUUGGAGAAACUAAUUUUCAAGAUCUGGGCAAUCUUGAAGUGGGUUAAGGAUCUGGCAUUGUCACUGCAGCAGCUCAGGUGACUGCCACAGGCAGGUUUGAUCCCUAGGCCGGGAACUUCCAUAUGUUGCAGGCAUGGCCAACAAAUAAAGAACAAAUACACAAAAAGAUUUGUAGUGUCAGAUUUUUAUGUCUGUAAAGGAUUUAUCGUCCUAAAGCAGUUUGCAGCUUGAUCUUUUUUUAUAUUGCUAGUUAUAUUAGGUAUUUCUUACCACCCUGCUUAAAAUUCCAGUCCCUUUUCCUUCCUAUCCCUGUCACCCUUCCUACCACUCUGAACUGUUUUUCCCCUUUCCGUCUGUCACCAUCUGACAUCUUUUUUUUUAUUAUCUGUCUCCCCACUCUAAAAUAUAAGCUUCAUGAAUACA